AUGUACAACAGCCAUACCGAUAUCUGGGUGGCAGGCGCAUUUGCAGCAGUAGUCGUCGACUUCAUCGUCUACCCCUUCGACACACUCAAAACCCGCAUCCAAUCACCAAACUACGAGAAAGUAUUCAAAGAUGCACGCACAGGAGCAAUAAAACGCCAAAUAUUAUUCAAAGGUCUUUACCAAGGAGUCUGGAGUGUUGUGUUCUCAACAAUACCUGCCUCCGGUGCAUUUUUCACAACAUACGAAACGGUAAAGAGCAUUCUACACAAUUCAUCUAAAUCAAACCAGAACAGAAAUCUAUCAGGGGCAGAUGGGACUCUGAACAAAUUCCAUCUCCCAUUCACUCAUUCACUCCCAACACCUAUAAUGCACGGCAUCGCAUCUUCAACCGGCGAGAUGGUAUCAUGUCUCAUGCUCACGCCAGCAGAAGUCUUAAAGCAGAAUGCACAGAUGAUCAACCAAUCUCAAUCACACAAUAAAAACACAGGGGAUAAAUCAGCAAUGCGUCAAGUCCUCUCAAAAUUCAGACACCACCCCUGGCGUCUCUGGAGUGGAUAUACCGCACUAGUCAGUCGCAAUUUACCAACAACAGCCAUCCAGUUCCCAAUAUUUGAAUUUGUUCGUUCGCGAUUAAUCGAUCGGCGACGACGACGGAAAGCGGAAUCUGCUCGCCGAACUGGGUCGCGUCGUGGUAAUGAUACGAUAGAGGCGGGACAGUCAGAUCAAUUGAUUGAAAGGGCUGGAUUGACGGGUCUUGCGGCGGCUAUUUCGGGGACUAUUGCUUCGACUGUUACUACGCCUAUUGAUGUUGUUAAGACUAGGGUUAUGCUUUCGGCUAGUGAGGGCCAUUUGUCGGGAUCUCAAAACGAGACUAGGGAGAAGAACAAAGCUGCGCGUGAUAAAGGGCCUUUUGCUGUUGGGAGGGAUAUUCUACGCAAUGAAGGUGCUCGCGGGUUGUUUAAGGGAGGGUUGAUUCGGGCCGGGUGGACGGCUAUUGCUUUAGGGCUUUACCUGAGUCUUUAUGAGGGUGGAAGGUUUUGGCUUGAGAAGAGGCGAAUGGAGAGGGAUGGGAUUGGGAGGGAUGAGGGUGGGCAGGUGGUUUGA